AUGCUGGGAUUGUACGAUAGACCUCCAAAUAAUCAGCAGAAAUUGAAAGAAAAAAUAUCCAGCCCGGCCCAGCCCCAAGCAGCCCGCAGCCCAGCCCCAAGCAGCCCGGCCCAGCCCAGCAGCAGCCCAGCCCCAAGCAGCCCCAGCCCCAAGCAGCCCGGCCCCAAGCCCCAAGCAGCCCCAGCCCCAAGCAGCCCGCCCAGCCCAAGCAGCAGCCCAGCCCCAAGCAGCAGCAGCCAGCCCCAAGCCAAGCCCAGCCCAGCCCCAAACA